GCGUCCGCAUAACCGGCGGGGCCGGGGUAGCGUCCGCUGGGUGGCUUCGCACCUGGCUGAAUGGUCCCCGUUUCCCACGAAGGGCUGCGGGGAAGGCGCUCGGAUGAGGAAUCUCUCCGCAAGGUCAACCGGCCAGAGGUCUGCGCUGCUACCGCGGCGGCGGCUGCAGCCGGUUCCUCCUGCCUGCUGCGAGAUUGAUGCAAAGAGAGUUGUCUGUAUUCUUUUAAUCAGAGCAUAUUUUAGAAAGAAUUCGUAACUGACACUGCAUGAAGUUGCCUGAAAUUUGAACCGUGUCACAUUUCCAUGGGGACCGUACAAGAUCCACUGAGAUCUACUAAGCUUUCAUUGGUCACGGCUGAAGAAUCUCCUAAACACCAGUGCAAGCAAGCAAGCAUAGAAAGCAAUAGUAAUGGAUAUCCUUUUACUGCCAAGGACCAGCCUUCUGGAGACCGCUUGUUUGAAAUGACCUCUGGCAGAGAAGCCAAUGUUCCAAAGAGUGAGUGGCAUUGUGAAUAUGACACCAAGAUUCCAAACAUGUUUUCUCCUGGAUCCUUCGGCUCUUCCAAAGAAGGCAGUGUAGCAGCUCCAGAACCAGUAAAUUAUGCUAAGCAGGAAGGCUCCAGAGCCAAAGUCCAAGCCCCAACACUUGAAGACCACACUUCAAUGCAUAGUGCAGUUAAAGUGUCUCCUAUCCAGGAGGCUAACAAAAAUACACAAAGUGGUGGUGGACAAUCUUAUAAUGUAAUUGGUAAGGCAACCACACUCUCUGGAGGAAACUGUGAUGUUGUGGAGAGCAAAUUCAAGGAUUAUUCUGUUCUUCCUUCUCCUCCUAUUUAUUCUGAUACCCAACAAGCAGCUCCUGCAGGGAAGGAAAACAUGGAUGAAAUUAUUAUCUCUAAAAACAAUCGAGUCUUGGCUUCAACAGAUAAGUUGGGCCUCAAUCUGAAAGCCCCCAUUUGUGUGGAAACAGAAUUGGAGGGUACAGAGAAUGCAAAUUUCUGUCCUGAGCCACAGACUUUACCCAAAUGCAACCUUGAGAGCACUCCAGAGCCUUCAUGUAGUUAUGAGCCUACAGCAAAGGUGGUACUAGAGCUCUCCAAAUUCAAAGACACAGGUACAAUGACAGUAAAGCCUGAAGACAGAUCUGUAGGUGUGAAGGCAAUAAGCAGAACUCAUCAAGACGCUGAGGUUCAGGCUGUAGCUAGUGUGGAAAGCAAGUCAGCUUCUACCAGUCCAAGUAUCUUGGCUGCAUUCUUAAGAGAGAACAUGUCUUCUGAGGGAAAGCAGGACCAAGAUCAGUUGCACAUUAUUUAUAUGGGAGCUAGAGGGAAAGAGCAAUCUGAAAUGAUUGAAGACUUUACAGCACCUGUCCAAACACCUCCAUCUAUAGGCAUCAUGCACAAGGUACAUGUUCAAGUACCAGCUACAAUAGAUAGGUUGCUGGGAAGUCCCACUGUCAAACUUCAGGGGAACCUCACAAACACAUAUGGUCCAAUCUGCCCAGCUUUGUUGGAUAAGGCAGAAGGGAUGUGUCCACUGGCAUCUGAUAAUUCUCAAGAAACUUUGGCCAAGAGGAUAGAUGUGCAAAUGACAGACAUGGUGAAAAAUCAUAGUGAUGUUCCACAGCAACUGUCAGACAGUUCAGUUUUGCAGAAAACAAGACCCAUUUACCAAAUUAGUGUCAGUUCUAGUAAUCAGCCUGUGUCUACCCAGCACCCUGCAAACCUUGAAAUUAAACUACCUCCAUGUUUUUCAAUCCCAGCAAUGGACAGCAAGUGUCAGCACUCUGAGCCCUCUUCGCUCCAAAAAAAUAAUCCUCCUUUGUGUCCUAGAACAUUUGAACAAACCAAGGCUGUAGUCACCACUGUGGAUGCUGAGGAGACCCAUCAGAAGGAACAACUGCAAACCAAGACUGUUGGUAAGUUUGAGACAGAUUUGCCUAGUUUCCCCAUUGACAUAAAUCCAAAGACAGAAGGAAAGGUCCAUCUCAAGUCUGAAGAACAGAAGAUGAAUAAGACAGGGUCUACUGUCAGCUGCCAAACAAUGAGUGCUCCAGUUGUAGCAGAAAGCAAGCAGGUCGUGGUUCCUGGGGAUACCAAGGCAGAAACUUUAGUCAAUCAGCAUCCAGCAUCUGAGUUGAGUAGAAGUUUGGCCCCAGCGGUAGGAGUCCAAAAUGAAGAAAUCCAGAAGGGUCCAGUGCUUGAUGUACCAGCUGCUCCUGCUUCUUCAAGUCCCACACCAAGCCUUGGUGAAAAGAAGAAAGAACCCAAGGCUGUCACUGCUGAGGCUAAAGUGCAUCUAAAGCAAUCCAAGCAUGUCAGGGAUGUUGUAUGGGAUGAACAGGGCAUGACCUGGGAGGUUUAUGGAGCAUCUCUAGAUCCAGAAUCAUUGGGAAUUGCUAUCCAGAACCACUUGCAGAGGCAGAUCAGAGAGCAUGAAAAACUGAUUAAGUCUCAAAGCUCCCAGGCCCGUAAAUCAAUUUCUUCAGAUACAUCUUCAAAUAAAAAACUGAAAGGGAGGCAUCACAAUGUUUUUCAUUCCAUGCUGCAGAAUUUUCGACGCCCGAAUUGCUGUGUUCGCCCUGCUGCUUCUUCUGUGUUGGACUGAAAAAAAAUCAGGAAUGAGGGUGGGAAAGUAACACAUCCAUUUGUGAGCAUUUGUGUACUUGUUCAAGGAACUCUAUAGGAGUUUGAGAUUCUAAUACAGUGAUGCAGGGUUGAGAAGAGAGGAAAUUAUGAUAGUAUAUUUUAUUCCCACUAGUUAACACAUCUUCAUCCAUCUAAUUUCUGCAAAUGGCAUAUGGAACAUUCAUGUUCAUGUACAAGCCCCCAGUCAGUUGCCAAAUAAAAUAUGAGUACAUAAAAUUGUGAAGGACAUUUUGGAACUGUCAGUAGCUUUAAGUAGAAAGAGAGGGAUGGUUUGGGAGUAUUUUUUAAAUCUAGGGAUAUGUGACUAGAUCUUAAAUAGACUUUUUUUUUCAUGAGAUAAAGUAGCAGAACAUUCCCAAGCUGAGGGGGGAAGGAGAGAAUGUUGGGUUGGGUUCAAGUGGAAAGUUUAAAAGGAGUGUUUUAUUAACUGUAAGAAAAGGUGUUUCCUUAACUGUAUAAACCCUUCGAAGUUGAGACUCAUCUAUACAUAAGAUACAGGACAUGGUGCCCAAACCCUUCCAGUUGAGUUUUUCUGUAGGCCAUUGGCAACCACUGGCAGCCUUGCCCCACAGAAGGUGCUUAGUCUCAGAUGAAAGGAACUUAAAGUCUCCAACUACCCACAGAGUUCAAAGCCAGGUUUUCUCUAAGAAUUUGGGACUUCUGUGUAUCCAUUCACAUGCUGAUUUUUCUUUUGUGCCUUGUAUUCACUCAUGUUUUCUUUCUCAGAGAAUGAAUACACACACACACUUCAUAUAAUACUAGAGAAAAUAGAGGGGAUGGAAAUCUAGAGUGAAUUGGAGAAAUUAAUAAUUGGUAGAACCUUUUACAGUCUCUUCAUGCGCAUAUUUGCAGCCUAUAUACAUUCCAUUUAUGUAUACAGAUGCUAAUGUAGAAAUAGCUGCUAUAACUGAAAGAGAAAUAUAAUACAGUUCAGCAGAAUGGAGAAAAGUUAUGAUCAUGUGUGACUUCGGAGAAUGCUCCAUUUACUGUCUGGAUUUUAACUGCAGAUGGAUAACUUCAACCCAUUCUAUGUUCUUCCUUCUUGUGUGUGUGUUUUUUUUAAUCUUUAAAUUGGAUUAACUAGGGAGUCCAUCAAGUAGAGAGUUGAUGUUAGCAUCCACAUUGCCAGUUUCAGUUCCCAGAAUGGCCAGGGGAUGCAUGUUUAUCAAGAUAAGAUGUGGAAAGGGACUCAGCUGCACUCAGUAGAGUAUACUCUUAUAAACAGGUUUUAACUCAAUUCUGAAAAUGUUUGCAGUCUUAUAGACACUGACUAUUAUCAAAAAAACCCAAUUCCCAAUCAUGCCUAGCUUCUACAAACAAGUAGCUGUACCCCACAAAGGGUUCAAUAGCUAUAGUUGUGUAACAGAGCUCUGGAGGUUAAGCUAAAAAAGAAAAAUACAGGGGAGAUUUUGAUCAUCGUGUCCAUAUCAUUGUCCAGACAUUACCUCACCACUUGAGAAAAGCAGAAUUUUUAAUCAUGGUAAUUCUAAUAACACUGUUCAGCGGAUACUGUGGUGGUUGUUUUUUCCAAGAUCAGAAGUUGCAAACUGAGACUCUGUAGCAGAGUCUGCUCAAGCAAAGUAGAAAGAUUUCAGGUGUAAAAUCCAUAAUUUCCAGUCAAAAGUCUGUCCAAUAAAAUUUUCAGGGUGAAACUACAAGCUGAGAGAAACUCAUGACUGCUGCCAAAAGUUUAAUUUCUGUGUUUGGAAUGUUAUCCUUUCCUUUGUAUUAUGACAUCAUUGUGAUAUCAUCCAUACUACAGUUCCAUGGCUUGUAAAAGUACAGAAAUGCGUAGCAUCAUGUCAGGGAGGUAGGCAUAGCAUUGUAAUGUCAAAUAUUAUUGUAUUAUAACUGUUACUGAACUGUAGAGAGUAAGAGAAGAUAAUCCCAGCCAAAAUUAUUUCCAAUUUGCUAGAAACCCUAUGUUUCUUACAAUAUGAAAUAUAAUUUCAUUAAUCCUCCAAGUCGAUUCCCUCCUCCCCAAUUAUGUAUCUUUGCUCAGAAGUUCAUUAACCAAAACAACUUGAAUAUCCAGUAUCACCUGCCCAGAAAAUUAUCUCUAAAAAAAUACAAAUAUAAUGGUAUGAUAAUACAAGUCCACUUGGAAUAUAUUUAGUAAAACAUGGAACAAAAUUCUGGAGGUUUCUCUGCAAAUUGAUUAAAGCUAAUGAAGUUCAUUUUUUAACCAUAGUUUAUUGUACAACUCAUGGUCAACAGUAUGUUGGAGCAAAUACAAGCAACAUUAUAGCUUCAUAUGAUGCAUAAUCUAGGCCAUUACAUUUAAAUGAGUUGAAUCCCUGAAAAGGCAGUGACAUUAAGGCAAUAUAAAUCUCAGGGAUUUUCAUGACUUUGGUGGUUGGUUCCACUGCCUAAUAGUUAUUAUGAAAGACUGUGCUUCUAAUCAGAGCUUUUUUAGAAAGAAAUGCAAUGCAAAUAGUAAUCAUCCAUUCUGCCAACGUUAACUAAUUCCAUAUUCCAUUGAUUUCCGUAGGAAGGUAAGCCUGUAUGUUACCCAUUUCUAUUGAAAUCAAAUGCUAAAAAUUGUUUCUUUGGACUGAACUGUACCAUAACAUGAAUGUGAAAACAUGUUUUCCUUUAUCUUCCUCCCUGUUAUGGAAAAAAAAUAUGCUUAAAUGCCAUCAUUUGUGAUCAUGUGUAUGGGCUUCCAACCAUCAUCAUUAGAGCUUCUGGAAUGUACAUCUUAUCACGCCUGGCUUUACUGUUUGCCUUGCAGCAAGACAAGCUUUCCUGGCAGUGCAGCACACACAAUAACAAUGGCAGGAAAUUUCUUGAAAGGCAUUCCAGUUCUUCAACCUUUCCUUGAACAAAUGCUAUAAACCCAAACCAAAAUAGCUCUGUUCAUUUUUAAUCAAAGAACUGAGCUUAUACCAUUGUAUUUUGCACAGGUAUUGACUGCCUUUUGGGAAGAUUUGUGUGGUAUAACUUUUGACUUUAGUCGUUGUGGCUCCUGGCAAUCUACAGUGUAUCUAUCUAUACUUAAGUAUAUGGAGAGAAUUAAAAAAAAUAGAUGCUAAAGGAAAUGGCUAUGUAAAUGCCUGGAAAAAAAGAUGAGUGUCUCCCCACUUAGAUUCCAUCCUCUUGAGCUUGUUGGGACUAAUUUUGGAAUAGAUGUGCACAAGAUUCUCAUGCUGGCUUGGAAUUGUAUAUUUGGAGGGCAUCAUGUUAGGAAACAGUUUAUUAUAAUAAUACAAAGCACAGUUAUUUAUUCUCAAAAGGAUCAGAGUCAAGCUUAGUAAGAUCCUAUUCCCUUAAAUGGGUUUCAAACCACCAAUAGGAAAUGGAGGUCCAGCCAUUACAUUGUAGCUUUAUCUGGUCCUCUGAAAAUCUGAGAAGAUUCAGUGAUUGAUUACUUUAGAUGCAGAAAUCCUAGGGUUCAGUCACUGCCAUAUCAGCUGAAAUACUAGAUAGCAGAAUAGGGAAAAUUCCGGGGCUGAUACCUUGAUGAUCCAAUUUGAGUUAGAGCAGACAAUGUUGGUCUCAAUAAACAUACACUCGAAAGGAGUGUAAAAUAGCUUCCUCUGAUCCUGAGCUGCUAUCAUUCAUUAACACAACAGUUCUAUAUGAUGAUGAAAUUAUGCUGUAUAAUAUGGAAAUUAUGGUAAUAUAUUGUGGAAAAGAACAUGAUCAUUGGCUGCUACUCAUAACUGCUGCAUAUUACCUCCAGCAGUGAAGGCAAUUCCCCAGUUUUUGGAAAAGACAGGCCAGAGGAUGCUAUUACGCCCAUGUCUUCGUAGGAGGCCAGGAUGGAAAAAGAAUACUAAGUUAGAUAAUCCUCUCAUGUUACUAACAGAGCUGAAGUUCCCUUAUAGCUAUAAUCCUGUCACUUUUGUUCAUUUAUUCUAUUAAAUUUGACUGCUUUUAUGCUCUUAAUAAUUAAAGAGAUUUUUAAAAAUCGAGCCAUUUUAGCAACCUCUGUGUCAAUCAAUGUUAUUCUUCAGAUGAACCAGACUUUUAGGAUUCAUUUGUAAAGAUGCAGUUAUCUAGAAGGGUUCUUCUUGAAAGCAGCAGAGGGAAAUUUUAUAUUAAGGAGCUAAAAUCUGGCUUGUUUUAUUGUAAUUUGAAGGUUAUGCAACAACAAUAAAUGUUAUUGAAAUUGGUGGGAUUGGCCCCUAAACUGAGAAACAAGAUGGGGGUAGGAUUCCUAAUCCCCCUGCUUUUUUUUCCUGCUGAUCCUGAUCCAGUUUAACAGCAGACACGCAAUGGAGUCCUUCAGAUAUGUCAUAGAUAUAAAUGGUGCAUUUUGUAUCUGGAAAAGGAAUCAUUCCCAAUCAUAAGGGAGAUCCUGAUUGUUUUAUUCAAAUCUCAGCAUGUCAGGUUAGUGGGGACUUGGGCAAAAUGACCACAGGGACUCUCAUAUUCCUAAGUAUUACACUGCCAAUUUCUAUUCCCUUCUGUCCCAAAUUUUCUUCCCCAAAUAUUAUUUCUUUUUUUAGCUUGUAAUUUUUUUUCUGUAAAACUAUAGUCAUGACCAGAUUCUUAACUUCUCUAGAAGGUAUCUGGGAAAGAACAGCUUCUUAAGAAGA